AUGUCAGCACCACCUGCCGAGUACGGGUAUAUUCAUGGAGUAGAGCAUCUCAGUGACUACCGACCGGGCGGCUAUCAUCCAAUUCACAUCGACGAUCGGCUUAACAAACGAUACCGAAUAGUGCACAAGCUGGGUCAUGGCACAUUCUCCACAGCCUGGCUUGCUAUCGACGAGAAGACGACAAAAUAUGUCGCUAUUAAGCUCGGCACCGCGGAUGCGGAUCGCACCGAGAUUGAUAUACUCUCACAGAUCACACAGAGCUCUAAAAGCCGCAGCAACUUGCAAGACACGCCGUCGCUAAUUCCCGUCGUACUUGAUAGAUUCGAGGUUAGCGGGCCUAAUGGCACUCAUCCAUGCCUCGUGACCCUUCCGGCACGAUGCAGCUUGCGGGACGCGAGAGAGGCAUCAGGGAGCUCUUUAUUUCAGCUUGAUGUUGCCAGAUCUCUUGCUGCGCAACUAGUUAUGGCCGUGUCCCUCGUCCACGCUAAGGGUUAUGCCCAUGGAGAUCUGCAUCUCGGCAACCUUCUCUUACAGUUGCCCUCACCACUUAAUAGCUUGUCAAUAGAGCAACUCUACGCACAGUACGGGGAGCCAGAACGAGAGCCAGUUGUUUGUCUUAACGCCGAGGCAACAUCAACAGACUCCAGGGUUCCCUCCUACGCGGUGCCUUCAGUAUGGUUGGGCGUACCAAGUAAUGACAUUAGCCUAGGCGAGGCGAAGUUAAUACUAGGCGAUUUUGGAGUUGCCUUCCGGCCAGGGGACAAGUCUCGAUUUGAGUCAUAUACACCCGUAGUACUCCGCCCACCCGAGGCAUUCUUUGAGCCAGCAACGCCUCUCUCAUUUGCCUCUGAUAUUUGGAGCCUAGGUUGCGUGAUUUUUGAGCUUCUCGCCCACAGGUCGCUCAUCGACGGGUUCCUCGCACCGCAGGACGAGAUCACAGCACAACAGGUAGAACUGCAGGGUCCCAUGCCAUCAGAGUGGUGGGGAAGAUGGGAGAAGCGGCCGAAUUGGUACGAUGAAGCAGGCAGGCCUUUAAGCAAUGCGUGUGAUGUGUGGUCAUGGGAACGGCGGUUCGAGCAGUGGGUGCAAAAACCGCGACACUCCCGGGAUAUGGAAACGAUUAGGGAAGACGAGAGGGAUGCGCUGUUUGAGCUCCUCCGGUGGAUGCUUGCAUGGAGACCAAGCGAGCGACCGGACAUAAUGAAGAUCGGACAAAAGGCCUUCAAUAAUGCCAAGCAUACAACCUGCCAACCCAAUACGGUCACAGGCGGUCAAACCAGUACCGACCAUAAUACCGAUUUCACAGAGCCACAGAGCUCCCAACCCUCCCGAAACGACUCCAUCAACCAGACAAUCUAUGACAUGGAAAUCGACACGCAAACAGAAGUUGCCCAGCAGCUAGAACAAAGAGAAACCCCGCAACUACCCGAUAACCUACAGCCAACCGCCAGCGGUAGACGCUCAAGCCGUAAUCAAAACAUGCCACGGAAAAACUACAGCAUUGCGAACGCCUACGGUGCGAACGCCUACGGUGACCUAGAGAAUGAAGGCGAAACAUCGGACUAA